ACUGUCAGCACAUACAUCUAAGACUUUCUAGACUCUUCACAUUUCCAAGUGUCAGCCAUGCAGAGCAGAGCACUCUCCGCCACCGCACUCCCACCCGUCCAACGCCCAACCACCCAACUCCGCCGUAUCCCACCAAUCUCCGCCAUCGCAGCCCCGCCCAAACCACUCCGUUACCAGACAAUGCACUCACUUCCGCCGGGAAAAGUCGAGAUCUUCAAGUCGCUGGAGUCUUGGGCCUCCCAGACGGUGCUCCCUUAUCUCAAGCCCGUGGAUAAAGGGUGGCAGCCCAACGAGUUCCUCCCGGACCCAUCGAGGCCCAAUGGGGAGUUCUUUGAUGACGUCAAGGCCCUCCGGGAGCGGGCUUCUGGGCUCCCGGACGCGUUCUUUGUGGUCCUGGUCGGCGACAUGGUGACGGAGGACGCGCUGCCGACUUAUCAGACGAUGAUCAACACGCUCGACGGCGUGCGGGAUGAGAGCGGGGCCAGCCCGAGUCCGUGGGCCACCUGGACUCGGGCCUGGACCGCUGAGGAGAACCGCCAUGGCGAUUUGCUCCGGACUUACCUCUACCUCUCGGGUCGGGUCGACAUGGCUAUGGUCGAAAAAACGGUGCAGUACUUGAUUGGAGCUGGAAUGGUUU